AUGACUUCACACUGGCACGCGAGCCUGCCCCUGGAAGCUAAACCGCCCAUCUUGGAGGUAACUGGCGACGCCGCCCAGCCUCGCAACUCGGCGAACCACGGAGCUCCUCCACGAUGCGAUGCGAUCGAGUCGAAUGAACCCGUCUUUGCCCAGAAUCCUCUCGCCGCAGAAUACCUGACUCCCCGUGGAGCCGCCAUGGCUGGGAACCUGUUCUCCCGCUUCGUUCCCGCCAAGGACGAGCGGCCCUACUACGAGCAGCUUGGAGACGACCACGACGUCGACAUCGAGAACCGCGCCGGCCUUGCCCUUGACGAAGAGAACUUGGCCCACCAUUUCCACGACGACGACCUACACCAUGCAGACCAUCUUACCAUCGAUGAUAGCCGAGUAUCCGUCGGCACUGUUGCUACCCCAGCCGGUGGUGCUCGCCGAGGCCCACCACGUCCUGGCAGGCAAGAUCCGGCCGCGCGAUGGCUAGCAGGAGACGACGACGGCGACAACGAAGUCCCAGCCUCGCUCCUGGUCGAGCCGGGCGCACAUGCUCCCGCCGUGCAGCAAUCCGAUCCCCAAAGGCCUGGGCCCCAGUCUGUCAGGCACUCUACUAUACCAGGACCAUCCUCGAGAGGGACACAGGUGCAGUGGGAAACUGCGCAGGCUCAACAAAGACUACAUCACGAUGAAGACGACUUCGGUGCCGUACCCGACGGUUCGCGGCCCACUGCCCCGGCGAGGAGGCUGGGGCUCAAGAGUCAUCCCAAGGAGAAGGCCAUGUUCAGAUGGGCUAAUGUCUCCAAUCUGGACGCCUUCACUAAUGAGGUCUAUGACUACUAUCUCGGCGCAGGCCUCUGGUGCAUCCUCCUCGACAGGUUUCUCCACAUCAUAAAGGUGGUUUUCAUGGCCACGAUGCUGACCUUGCUGACCCAGUGCAUCGACUUCACAAUCAUCAGGGAUAGCAAGAGCCUGUCGCAGAUCAUGAUCCCCAAGUGCACCAAGAACAUGUGGGGGAUAUGGAACUUGGGGCUGUGGUUGUGCAGCUUCUAUGUCAUAUGGAAGAUAAUCCAGUAUACGCUCGACUUGCCGAGGCUGAUGCACAUCCGCGACUUCUACAUCUACCUGCUGGAGAUACCCGAGGACGACAUGCAGACUGUCUCCUGGCAGGACGUCGUGUCGCGCAUCACUGGCCUGAGGGACCAGAACGUCAAGACCGCCAGCAACAUCACCCCUUCCCAGCGGCGCUUUCUGUCUAAGCAGCUGGGCCGCCACAUGGUCGGCCAAGCCAAGGAGAGGCUUGAUGCCCAUGACAUUGCCAACAGACUGAUGAGGCGCGAGAACUUCAUCAUCGCCCUCUUCAACAAGGACAUCCUUGACUUGACCGCCCCGAUCCCGUUCCUGCGGAACAGACAGUUCAUCUCGCGCUCUCUGCUGUGGACGCUCCAGUUCAGCAUCUUGGAUCUUGUAUUUAAUGAGAACAACCAAGUCCGCCUACAAGUGCUCAAAUCAGACCACCGCGGGGCGUUGAGCCGGGAUCUGAGGAAGCGAUUUGCAUUCGCAGCAGUUAUGAACCUGAUAUCAGCCCCUUUUGUCGCGGGGUUCCUGCUGAUUGAUUUCCUCUUUACCUACUACAAUGAGUUCAAAACCAACACCUCGGCAGCCGGCACGCGGCAGUACACCCCGCUGGCAGAAUGGAAAUUCAGGGAGUUCAAUGAGCUUCCCCAUCUCUUCAGAGAACGUUUGAACAUGUCUUAUCCGUUUUCCAAACAUUAUGUCGAUCAAUUCCCGAAAAUGAAGACAGAGUCCGCUGCCCGCGCAGUGAGGUUCAUCACGGGCGCCAUCAUCGCUGUCCUAGCUAUUGUCGGUUUCUCAGACCCCGAAAUGUUUGUCGACUUUGAGAUUUUCCCAGGCAUGAAUGCGCUCGCUUUCCUGGCGGUUUGCACAACUACCUGGGCUGUGGCCCAUGGCCAGCUAUCGGAAGAAAACGACGUGUUCGAUCCUGAAUAUGCACUGCGGAACGUUAUCGAGUACACGCACUAUGAGCCUGAUCAAUGGAAGGACCGUCUUCACAGCUACGAAGUUAAAGCUGAGUUUGAUGCGCUCUAUAAAAUCAAGAUUGUCAUCUUCUUGGAGGAGAUCUUGGGCAUCCUGUUGACACCUUUGAUCCUGUUCUUCAGCCUGCCCAAGUGCGCCGAUUUAAUCAUCGACUUCUUUCGUGAGUUUACGAUCCACGUGGACGGUCUUGGCUACGUCUGCUCCUUUGCUGUCUUUGAUUUCCAGAAGGAUCCCCGGAACACGAGACAGCAGGGUAACCCGAGCGACGCACGCGAGGACUAUUACGCGACCAAGCAUAACAAGAUGGCAGCGUCCAUGCAUGGUUUCCUGGAUAAUUACGUCUACAACCCCAGGACGGGUCUGCCCGGUAGCCAUCCACUAGGUCCAGCAGGGCGUUAUUCGUUCCACCCACCACCUGCUUUCCCAGGUCUGAACUCGCCCACCCUUGUUGCAGACAUGAGGGCAUCUCGAAUGGGUCGAAGCGAGAGGCCGCGAAGCCGGGCACCCCCCACACAACAAGCCGGCAAGACACCCAGAUUUGGGCCUGUCAUGCCACAGCCGUCACCUAUGGCGUCUAUGCUCCUCGAUCCUCACCACCAGCCUUCAGCAUCCGUGGUGGCAGCGAGAGGAAAUCACCGAGUCCGGCAGUUGCGGGCUCCGUACCUCGGCGACGGCGGCAUCACCGAAGAGUCCAUGGAGGAGCCGGGCCCGGCGGCAAGCAUGCUGCAGCGGCAGCACACGACAUACACCGACGAGGACGUUGAGGAGAGUGUAGCGCGUCUGGGGGAGUCCACAUGGGAAGGGUCGCCCAGGAAGGGACUCAGUCGUCAGAACAGCGGCGCGCCAGACAGCGAGGACGGGCCGGGCGUCGUCAAGAUGAUGCAACAGUUCCAGCAGAUCGCGAUGAACAACAGGACGGGAGGUGUUCUGUAG